UGGAAAAAGUUGGAAAAAAAAAACUAUUGUUAAUAUAAUAAAUAUGUUUCCAAAUCCCACCAGUAAAACAAAUGCACGCAGAAUCCUCUAUAAAUAAUAUUCGUGACAACAACAUAAACACACAAGAACCAUCCGAAGUUUUGAGUUCUUACUUUAUUUUUUUCAUCAACGUCUUCAUUCUCCAAUCAAUCAUGAGAGUAUAUUUGUACCACAAUAUCAUACGCAAUCCUCAACCAGAAAACGCCGGCACAAUCACAAUCAAUGCAAAGAUCGACGGUUACAAUUCGACGUUUACUGGUUCAUCGUUUACCGAAGAAUUCUUCGACGAAUAUAACGACCAGUGUCGAAGCAAAGAAGACUUGAAUUAUUUCUUAAUGGAAUCAGGAAUUGAAGACGACGAUAUCGAAUAUGCGAUAUCAGAGCUAAUUUUCUAUGUUUUUGAAGUAAUUCUUCCCAUAUGUAGUAAUUAUAAUCCGAGUGGUGAUUUGUUAGUAGUGUCCUUGUUUCUUUCUCCUAAUAAUAUCAGUUUGAGACCCGCAAGCAAGUUUGUGGUCAAGUCUUUAGCCAGGAAGAUAUACAAGAAGACUAGUAGUUCUACUAGUGAUAGGUGCACAAUUUGUUUGGAAGAGUUUAACGAUAGAAGAAGAGUUCUGACUUUACCUUGUGGACAUGACUUUGACGAUGAGUGUGCCCUGAAGUGGUUUGAUACCAAUCAAGAUUGUCCUCUGUGUCGUUUCAAGUUGCCAUGUGAAGAUCAACGAACUUGUUUGGUGCUGUGGCCGGAGUAACCUCGUUCGUAACACCUUUUUCGGUUUUUUUUGUCAGCAAUCUUAUAUUAAAAGAUCGUGUCAAACACCCUUUUGAGUUGGUUAGUAUAAUCUA